CGCCGCCGCCGCGCUCUCCGCCGCUUCUGCCUUUGCUGCUGCUGCGGUCCCAGCGGAACUUUGCGCGUAGAACGGCUGAGGCGGGCCCGGGCGGGGCCGGGGUUCCGGCCACUCUGCAGAAUGGAGAUAAUCAGGAGCAAUUUUAAGAGUAAUCUUCAAAAAGUGUACCAGGCCAUAGAGGAGGCCGACUUCUUCGCCAUCGAUGGGGAGUUUUCAGGAAUCAGUGAUGGCCCCUCGGUCACUGCAUUAACAAAUGGUUUUGACACUCCAGAAGAAAGGUAUCAGAAGCUUAAAAAACAUUCCAUGGACUUUUUGCUGUUUCAGUUUGGCCUUUGCACGUUUAAGUAUGACCACACAGAUUCAAAGUAUGUAACAAAGUCAUUUAACUUCUACGUUUUCCCGAAACCCUUCAAUAGAGCCUCACCAGAUGUCAAGUUUGUUUGUCAGAGCUCAAGCAUUGACUUUCUAGCAAGCCAAGGAUUUGACUUUAAUAAAGUGUUUCGCAACGGAAUUCCCUAUUUAAAUCAGGAGGAAGAAAGACAGCUGCGGGAGCAGUACGACGAGAAGCGCCUGCAGGCCAACGGUGCGGGGGCCCUGGCUUACGUGUCCCCCAACACGUCCAAGUGCCCCGUGACGAUUCCUGAGGAUCAGAAGAAGUUCAUUGACCAAGUGGUAGAGAAAAUAGAAGAGUUAUUACAAAGUGAAGAAAACAAGAACUUGGAUUUAGAGCCAUGUACUGGGUUCCAAAGGAAACUAAUUUAUCAGACUUUGAGCUGGAAGUAUCCCAAAGGCAUUCACGUUGAGACUUUAGAAACCGAAAAGAAAGAGCAGGAAGAACUGAAUGAUGCCGUGGGAUUUUCUAGAGUCAUUCAUGCCAUCGCCAGUUCGGGAAAACUUGUUAUUGGACACAACAUGCUCUUGGACGUCAUGCACACGGUUCACCAGUUCUACUGUCCUCUGCCUGCGGACUUAAAUGAGUUUAAGGAGAUGACAACAUGUGUUUUCCCCAGACUCUUGGAUACAAAAUUGAUGGCCAGCACACAACCUUUUAAGGAUAUCAUUAACAACACAUCUCUUGCAGAAUUGGAAAAGCGGUUGAAAGAGACGCCUUUCAACCCUCCGAAAGUUGAAAGUGCAGAAGGUUUUCCAAGUUACGACACGGCCGCCGAGCAGCUGCACGAGGCGGGCUACGACGCGUACAUCACCGGGCUGUGCUUCAUCGCCAUGGCCAACUACCUAGGUUCUUUCCUUAGCCCUCCAAAAAUUCACGUGUCUGCCAGAUCAAAACUCAUCGAACCUUUUUUUAACAAGUUAUUUCUGAUGAGAGUCAUGGAUAUCCCCUAUCUGAACUUGGAAGGACCAGACUUGCAACCAAAACGUGAUCAUGUUCUCCAUGUGACCUUCCCCAAAGAAUGGAAAACCAGCGACCUUUACCAGCUUUUUAGUGCCUUUGGGAACAUUCAGAUCUCCUGGAUCGAUGACACAUCAGCGUUUGUUUCCCUCAGCCAGCCCGAACAAGUACAGAUCGCUGUCAAUACCAGCAAAUAUGCAGAAAGCUAUCGGAUCCAGACCUAUGCUGAUUAUGUGGGAAAAAAACACGAGGAGAAGCCGAUCAAGAGAAAGUGGACCGAAGAUAGCUGGAAGGAGGUGGAGAGAAAGCGGUUAAACACACAGUGUGCAUCCUACGCUCUGCAGAAUCACUACCACCACACCAAUAGUCUUACCGCGACCAGAACGGGAGGAAAGAGAAAUUUGAGCCCCAGCCCAACAGAAGCUGACUUGGAGGCCAGAAUAUCAGGCGAGAUUUCUGACACUGAGCUCGAGCAGACGGAGUCCUGUGCAGAAUCCCUCUCCGAGGGAAGGAAAAAGGCCAAGAAAUUAAAAAGGAUGAAGAAGGACCUUUCGCCAGCAGGAGGCCUCGCGGGCGGCCCCGCCAAGCUCUUCGAGGUUCCCGACACGUGGUAGCCGAGACCUGGAGGAAAGCCAGCCGCCGGUGCCGUGGCUGAGGAGGACCCGGCCGGCGCGUCCGGAAGCCAUACUGUGUUUAAUUUCACGCGGCGUGGGGUGGGCGGGGGGGCGUCCCAGCCAAAGCCCAGUGUCUUUGAUUUCCGUGGCUGUUUCUUCUCUUCCUUUUUAACGUAAACUGCUGACACCCAGCACGGUUGUGGGCCGUCUCGAAUGUGCACCUGAUUAAGCAGUUGAUGAUCUGUUGCUCGCGUGAAGCUGUCCCAGCGCCACGAAUUGCAGGGUGUUUGAGAACCCCCCCCGAUGGGCACUGUUGGCUGUGAAACAAGCAAAGAGCCGACGUCCUUGGGACCAGGAUCACGAGUUCCGGGGUUGAAGUCUUUCCUGCUUCCAGUGGUUUCUCGCCACGUUCUCGUGCGCAGAUCCGGGGGCCUCCACAGCCCGUGGUUACCGUCUCCCCCGUGGAGAGAGCCCUCGCAUCUGCCCGCUUCCCGCCGUAGCUGCCUGAAUAUACCAAGCUCCCCAGCCUGUCUUUCCAGUAGGAAAAUGCCCCGCCCCGCCCACCCAUAGACCAGCUUACCAUAGGCCUUGGCCUCUGGGGCAUAUUUAGAGUCCUUCCUCCUCCCUUGUGAGUUUCUCACGGCGAACAGUACCCGUACAAAAAGUUCACUUCUGUUUUUACACAUA